AUGAUACCGAAUCCUUCCGCCGGCGUCCAGAAUUGGGCACAACAUUCUCGUGCUCCCAGCGCAGCGCGGCCAGGCGAUCUGGCCGCGCCUCGCCUGGACAAGCCAUCCAUGGCCACCGCGCCUCUGUCGUUCUCCCAACAGUCAGUUGUCGACCUGACCGCGCACGAGGCCGCCCUCCCGGACAGCGAACACCUGAACAAGAAGCCCAAGCUGGACACAGGCCUUUCUAGUUUAGGAGGACCGGUAACAGCCACAAAGAGCGCAGAGCCUCGCAGUGCAACCGCAAAUGGCGGUGGCAUCGCAAGACCCACCGCGGUGUCUGGCCGUGGUCGACCGGCCUAUUCUUUUCAAGACUUGGUGACGGAAACAUACGGCGGUAGCGUUUUCACUGGAAAUGCUGCUUCAGGCUCGCAGGCUUCACGGCCUCCGUCUCCACCGCCGUUUCCCGCGCGACCUUGGAAGCAUGCUUCGGCUUUCCAGGCGACAAACGUGGCCGCUCCUGCGCAAGAAGGUAUCUUUGACCGCCAAGUUCAAACGACUCCGUACCAGUCGGAAGUUCCAGCCAUUGCUCCAGCGCUCACUGCAGAUAAAGUGGCUGAUUACUUCCCCUGGAGCCAAUACGGAAACCACCCCGAAGAUAAUCUAACCGACCAUGCUGUGAAAAAUGGAUACUACGACAAGCAGCCGCCUUCGAACUGCGAUGUCCAAGCUCCGACUUGCAAACUAUCGAGCCAAUUGAAGAACCGGUCCAGCUUGCAGCUUUUGUCCUCUGUGUUUGCAGCUGCUUUGGAGAAACGACAGACCCACAACAAGAUUUCGUCAGCUUCAACGUUCAAACCGCCACCCCGGGUCACUCUCACGGAUAACAAGAGAGAAGCGUGGUUACGGGAUCUAGCAAACCCAUCAGUUAAUUUGCGGCGGUUAAGCCGGACCAUCCCCCACGGCAUCCGAGGCAAAGUGCUGCUUGAUCAGUGUCUCAGCAAGGGUGUUCCUAUCGGAAGGGCUAUCUGGUUGGCCAAAUGUGUCGGUGCGAAUGAGAUUCGCGCUUUCAAAAGAAAAGGAACCAGCGGCCCCCUUUCGCAGGGUCUCGAGAUCAAAUGGGUUCGCGAGUGGACUGCAAGUGUACAGCUGUUUAUCGAAGGAGUAAUCCAAGCCUGUGGAAAAGAAGGCUGGAAGCAAAAAAUAACUUAUGCGGUGCGACUCGCUGCUCGUUUAUUUUUCGAGAACCUUCUUGAUCAAGACUGCUUUUUGGAUUGGUAUCUGUCGUCACUUGAAAAUUCCACUCUGGACGCUACCCCCGUGUGGCUUUUGAUGCUAGGGGUUUACUGGGAAAGUCUGACACAGUUCCGGAAACGAGGACGACGCAUGGCCGAAGCUUUACUUGAGAAACUCCGACAAGCACAUGCUGCUGAACCAAGGACAACGUAUCAGCCUCUCAUCGACCGACUCGCUUUAUUGGUGCGUCGACUCUGCGGGGAGUGUUCGUCUUCCGUUGUUCUCCCACGAACGUGGGACCAAUACCGAGAUUUUGUGUCGUCUUCAUUGAACGUGGAGGAUGCGACUGAAAAGGCUAUACUCGAAUCUAUCACUAUUCGGAAUACUCGUGUCAAAAAACACAAGGACUGCCGCCAGUCUAUACAGCGGUCUCCACACCAACAAAUUAUCAAGCUCUUGGACGCUACGCUUUCUACGUAUGAUAUACCUACCCUGUCCCACGCGUGUCUUGACGCUAUGAAAGAUCGCGAGGCUUUGGUCCAUGAGAUUUUAGAAUGGGCAGGCAGUCGUUUCCGUCACGGAUUGGUCCGAGUAUACAUUACUGUCCGGCUGUUGCGUAAAUGGAAACGGUUAGGGAUGGAUAUUGAUGGCUACAUUUUCUCAUUCAUUACGAAAGCUCGCGGCAACAACUCCAUUCACAUGUCCAACAUACAUCAUGUUAUUGUGGAGCUGAUUCGAUCUCAAACUUUUUCCGUGAGCCGAUACCUACAGUGGUUGGUUGCGAGAGGUGCGGUCGAGCAAUACCGCCAGGAUAGUUCAGAAAAUAGCUCUGUCCCCGCCGAUAUCGAGCUUCUAUCCCACAUCCCCAUCAAUCGGUUACCACGCCAUUUGCGAAAUCUUCGAGACAUGCUUAUAAAUCGCGCGGGACUUGGCGUAUCAGAACAAGAGCUGUCACCAGCCAUCAAAUCUGACCUGAAGCGACAACUGCCAGAAGUUUUUGAAACUGACGAUAGUGAUGAUAUGAUGGACUGUGAGGUUGACCAUUCUCAUUUAACAUGGGCUGUCAAAGCCGAGAUCGGCCAAUGGAUCCGCGGCGCUGUGUCCGAGCACUACGGUGACGGCCCUCGCCAUGGCGUCAAAGGUUACGAGAGUGCAGUGGAAGCAUCGUCGCUAACUCACGAGGAAUUCUUUGUGGUUCGGUCAACGCUCGAGGAGUACGGGGACAUUGCCAUGCUUGCUGACGUUCUUAUCGAUGCCUCGAAUUCUGACGAUAUCCGGGUUCUUGUCUCGGCCGUCGACACGCUAAACCGUCACUUUAGCUGCUUUACUGUCAUUGGUGCGUUGAACGACUUGUUUAGGAACUUUUAUGGGGCCUUUCUUCGAAUGAAACAGCAUGAAGAAGCUCUCUACGAUCUGGCAUAUUCGUUGGUUGAAGUCGGCCACCGCCUGCCUAACGAGUUUAAUUCGAUCAUUUUGCUUCGACAAGAACUCUCGCGAGGUGACCGUAAGCUUGCCGUGGCAGCUUGUUCUCCUGUUUCGGACCACAUGGCAGAGACUUUGAAUGACGCCAACCCUUCAUUCAAUGAUGAUAUGGACCAAUUUUUGUCGUCUGGGAAUAGCAUGGACGAAAGCACUUUGGUUAUUGUGUUUCAGAAGCUGAUCCAGCAACUAACAAGUUCUCAUGAGGGUAAAGGCGGCCUCACUACCGAAACGACGUGUCGCCAUCUAGUGCAGCUCAGAUCUUUCAACCCGAAGCAAUUUGAUCUUUUGUUGAUUCAGUGGAUUGGUGAUACCAUCAAGUCUUCCACGCGACCUCGGUUGUCUCGGUUUUUGGGUCCACUGGUUGGCAUCGGGUGUGUGACUCUUCCCGGGUUUACACUGCUGGCGAAGAAGCUGCUGCAUGAAGAGUCGGAGAUCCCAGCUCUGCCAGGAUUUCAAUUGGAUUUUCUCGGACUCAUGCUGCCUAGCGCUGAGAAUAAUUUGUUAUCUCAGUUCCUCUCCUAUCGAUUUAAACUAGCACAAGAGGAAUUUUUAUCGAAGCAUGCAAACGAAGUUUUUACGGCCAUUCAGGAUACUGCCGUUAUUAUGACAAGGGCUCCAGCCAAUAACGAUGCCAACCUUCAACAUUUAUGGAGUAAACGCACAGUACCGCUGCUUCGAGAAAUUCUUGUACGCCACGCGGGAGACGACGCGCAGGACUACAUCCAUGUUAUGCUGAAAGACAACCCUGCUACGCUCGGUAUUGCCCGCGAUGCGUUGGACCAGCUGUUGAACUUUGAGUCUAAUGAACAAUCGCAAAAUGAAAACAGUCUAUCGGAAGCUGAAUCGACAAUCAACAUGGCCGACAACUUUUCUCUGCCUUUUUGCCAGAUGAAGCUGCAGAUGCUCUUCAACACGGAAGCCGGUGAUGACGUUAGGAACAGCAUUGUGGACGUCAUGUUCAAGUCGGCCGUAGCCGAUGUCCAAACAGGGCGGACUCACUGGCUUGAUCUGGUAACGCUGAUGAGCCAGGAGGCAGUAGAGCAGAUUCGACAAAAAGCUGAGAAUAGCUUCUUCUCUGUGGCACAAUCUGACAGCUCGCUCGACGGAGCGUCCGACAGCGACAGACUCGCGAUUCAUGCCAAUGCCAAGGUGUAUCUUUCUAUUGUCGACGGACUUGCGUAUAGCAUCCCGGAAGAAGGAGUGCCCUCUAUUGGGCCGGUUUUGGUUGAGAAGAUGAACACUCUUCUUCAGAAACUCAUCAUGAUUCAAAUGACAUUUCGCAACUUUCGCGAGGACCCUGGCAGUGUUGAGCAUAAACAAAUCGCACGCACACUAUCCAUAUGCGAAGAGAGUUUUCUUUUCUGGUUCACCGCAAUGCUGCGCAUGGUCAAGAUCCACCGUGCCGCCUUUGACCAACCGUGGUCGCCAUCACUACAACGACCUCAUGCGCUCCUCGACCAAUCUCGACUACUCGUGUCUAUUUGCUGCCUUGCAUUGUCACCGCUCAAUCUCACCUCUCGGCCUCCAGUAGGCACGUCCGCGGUCUCUAUGACAGCACUGGAGCAACAAACACGCGUGGGCAACACCAUACAAACAUACGCUCUCGACAUAGCAUCCUCCCUUAUUGACACUCUUCCCGACGAAGCACGCGUACAGUGUGCGCGAUUCCUCAAGGACCGAUGUCCUCCUUUCUUACAUGUCCAAAACGAGCCCCGUCUUCUUUACCUCUUUGGCCCUGUUUCCGACAUCAUCCCUACAGGCUCUUCUCAGUCAGUGUCUGGGUCAUCCCCAGCUCCCUCUGGAGCUGCCACUAUGUCUUCUUCUGCGCUUACCCCGUCUGCAAACACCGCACCUGCAGCCAGCAACACUGGCGGCGUUGUGGCUGCACCGGCGGGGAUAUCAGAAGAUCCGAAUGCCAUGGCCAAUCGCCUCCGUGUACAAAGUCGCGGUCGCAUAGUCGGCUCAUAUCAUCUACGUCCAUGGGAGAUGCUCGAAGAAGCAGCCCCCGUCGUUGGGACGAAUGACACUGCAGUCGAUUUGAAUUUUUUCGGCGCUCGAAAGUUGACCCAACUUACUAAGAAUCGAAACAUGACUGAACCACGAAAUAAUAAACCUUCUUCUACAACCCGUCAAAAGGCAUGCAGCGCAUGCACAAAGGCCAAAAGACGAUGCGAUCUGCGGCAUCCGGCGUGUCGGCGGUGCGUGGUCAAGGGGAUUGAGUGUCACUAUGUUUCGACGAGACUGCAUGAUAGUAGUACUAGUGGAAGUAGCCCUGGCAGCGCCAGCACCAGCAGUGGCAGCAGCAGUGGUAGAAAUAUCAAUGCAAAACGACAAAAACAGAAACUACAAAAGUCCUUUUCGACGGCUGUUGAGGUGAGGAAGAGCUAUGAUGGCUAUUUACCACCUGGUGUACAACAACAACAACAACAACAACAACAACAACAACAACAGCAUGAUAAUAACGAAGUUGAUGAUAUCCUCCUCUCCAUUCUCUCUUCCGAAGCAGAAGAAGAGAAAAACAACAAUAACAACAACUUGCUCUCAGCAGCAGCCAUGAUGAGCAGCACCGCUGCAUAUCCACUCUCCUACUAUCCAAACAUCAACAAAACUUAUGAAUACCAAUUCUUCCUAACCCCAACCUCCUGGCACGUCACCGACGCCGACCGCCGCAGCGCUCCGCGACCCAGCUGGAAAAUGCCGCAUCUGAACGACUCGGUACAGCAAGUGUUGCGCUGGGUGAAGCAGUGGUUUGACGAAGGCAGUAACGCGUUUAUCCACAAGCAUCUUUACGGCCCCGAUGGAUCAAGGAUGCCGAAAUGCAUGCAAGAUGCGUACACCGCGUGCGCCGCGUAUUUUGGAUGCACGGAGCGGAAUCGCAGUAUGGUGUUGCGCAUUAUCGAGGAUCGCGUGCAGAUGUUACUUGACGAGGAGGAUGAACCAUUAUCCUGGGGUUUAUCAACAGCAAGAAAAGGAGUUGUGGCCGAGCAUCUCGCGCGCGUACAGGCGCUGCUCGCGUAUCAGGUACUGCGUCUUCUCUCCGGCGACGCGCGCCAACGCACUAUGGCCGAGGAAUUGUUUCCGACGCUGCGCGGAUGGAGUAUGCAAAUGCUCGAAUGCGCGUUACUGUCUAGCCAGUACGUGCAGCAGCAACAGUUGAUUAGUAGUAGUAGCGACAGCAUGAUGGCAGUGGCCGAAGCGCCCGCUGCUCAAAAACGCGAGUCGGAAUGGCAAGCCUGGAUCCUCGCCGAAAGCGUGCGGCGCACAUGGCUCGUCGCGGGCCAUACACAGUGCAUCUACGGUUUAUUGCGGGACGGUAUAUCUACGUGUCCCGGUGGGCUGAUGUUCACGACGCGAGAGGGCCUGUGGCAGGCGAACUCGGCGGAGGAGUGGUGGGAGAAGUGCUGGCAGAAGGAUGUGCUGUUUUGUCACAGUUUGGAGACGCAUACGCAAUUAAUAAAGAAAGCGAGGCCGGAGGAAGUGGAUGAUUUUGGGAUGUUUGUGUUGAGGAUUCUUUCGGAGAAGGAGGAGGUUGAGAGGGUGUGGUUGGACAGUCCAGAGAGUGUAUAG